AUGGAAAGAUCAGCAGCAGCGUUCGAGAAUGAUCUGAAUCUCAAGGCAACUGAGUUGAGAUUAGGGUUGCCCGGAACGGAUAAUGAACCCGACCACCAGCAGUCUUCUUCUUCUUCUUCUUCUCAACUCAUCAAGAACAACAAGCGCUCCUGUUCAGAAAUGGACGGGGCUCGCCAAACGGGUCAACAGCAAGAAUCCGGAGCCCCGGCUCCAAAAGCACAAGUGGUUGGAUGGCCACCGGUUCGGAAUUACCGGAAAAACGUUCUGGAGCAGCAGAAAAAGCCCGAAUCGGAUACUGGAUCCGGGAUGUUUGUGAAAGUGAGCAUGGAUGGAGCUCCAUAUUUGAGGAAGAUUGACCUCAAGUUCUAUAAGAACUACUUGGAUCUACUCAAGGCCUUGGAGAACAUGUUCAAGUGCACCAUAGGGGUGUACUCAGAGAGAGAAGGUUACAAUGGAUCUGAAUACGCACCAACGUACGAAGACAAGGAUGGUGACUGGAUGCUUGUGGGAGAUGUUCCAUGGGACAUGUUUGUUACUUCUUGCAGAAGGCUGAGAAUCAUGAAAGGCUCGGAAGCUAAAGGCUUGGCUUGCCUAUAGGCUAUAGAUACAACCAAACGAGGUCUUGUUCGAAUUUCAUGCACAAGGAAGAGGAUGAUGAUGAGCAACUCUUGAUGGGCUAAUUAGGGUUCUUCAGUUAGAUAUUCAGACAGUCGACACAAGCUGUGAGAUACGAGGCAUCAGAAUUAUUCAUGGGUGUGAUUCUUGGGCCUCUUGAUCAUGAUCAGUGUUUUUCUUAGGUUUCCUGCAAGAGAAACGUCUACACAGGAGGAGAAAGGGUUUUAAUUAACAUCAUGCAUGUGUACAGAGAUGUUAGAGAACUUGAUGAUGUUGUUUUCCUCAUCACUUCUUUUUGUUUUGAAUUUGUAAUGUAUUUACAGAGUAUACGUAUACUACAACAUUUAUACCAUACUAAUUACUGGAAAAGGAAAGCCAUUUUUUAAGGUUGGGAAUGGCUGAAAUAGAUCAAUUUAAAUUGUAAACCAUUGGGUAUAUAUAUAUCAAAUAUUAAUGUUGCA